AUGCGUGUGAGAGCAGCCCUUGUGAGCAAGGUUCCUGCCUGGAGUGUAAACUGUGGGAAUCCUGGGCCUAUCACCAACGGAACUGUGAGUGGCAGCGGUUACCGGUAUGGCGACUAUGUGUACUUCAGUUGCAACACGCACUACGUUCUUGUGGGCCAACCUUCAGCACGUUGCCAGGCAAAUGGACAAUGGUCGGCAUCGAAACCACAAUGUCUCUUUGGCAACACUUGUCACAGCAACCCAUGUCAAAAUGGAGCUACAUGCAUCAAUGGAGUGGAGCAGCAUGAAUGCGCCUGUAUGGAAGGGUGGUCGGGGGAAAGAUGUGAAACAGACAUAUCACCGCCGCUUGUCGACUUUUGUCCACCUGACCAAAACAUAACGACAGUUGACAACAGAGAAACAGUGAGCUGGCAACUCCCCACCUUUAGUGACUUUAGGAACGACACGUUCCAUGUAACAUCGAACUAUCCCAACAACAUCAACACAGAGACCUUUCCAUGGGGACAGCACACUAUCCAGUAUACUGCCACCAAGCCUUCCAACGGUCUAAGGUCUUCUUGUGAGUUUGCAAUAAGAGUAUAUCCUCGUCCUUGCCCCGCAUUGGACCCCCCAGCCCAUGGGGCCCUAGCUUGCAAUGGGUGGAUCACGCGGCUGGGUCGUAUGUGCAAAACCUUCUGUCAACAAGGAUGGACUCUACCCAGGGGUCUAGAGGACAAGUUGGAUCAGCUGUACGUGUGUGGUGCCCACGGGGCAUGGCUCCCUGCAGCUACAAUACCGUGUUCAGAUCGAAGUUCAGAAGUUGACGAGGUCACUGGUAGUACUGGAUUCUUCCCCGGCAACUGCACCAGUAUUGAUGCUAUAAAUAGUAUCAAAACUCAAUACCUAGCAGAGUUACGGAAUUCAUCUUUUUCCACAAUUUGUACGUCUUAUCAUGACUUGUGUUUGAAAGAUAAUGUAGAGGUCACUUGCGGUGACAACUGACUAAAGUUAAAAUGUUUUAUAUCAUACGACAUAUGGUGUAUG